AUGGAGUUAUCUUCGAAUUACGCGAUAUUCUUUUUCAUACUAUAUAAUUUGGCAAUAUUUUUACCGUUGUUUUCUUCGUCUAUAAAGCUCCGUUGCCACGACGACGAGAGGUCUGCAUUGCUGCAAUUCAGAGAUAGUUUUUUGAGUACCAACAGUUGUUUUUCCAAUUCUGAUUAUUCAAAAGUUGAGUCAUGGAAAUUGGUCAGAUCAGGUGAUUGCUGUUUAUGGGAAGGUGCAGGGUGUGAGAAUAAAACUGAUCAUGUCAUUAGCUUGGAUCUUAGUAACAGUUGCAUAUCUGCUUCUAUCAACUCCAACUCUACCCUCUUCGCCCUCGUUCACCUUCGAACACUUAACUUAGCCUGUAAUAACUUUCAAUCGUCGGAAAUUCCAUCGCGAAUAGGCGAGCUCUCGAGUCUAACUUAUGUCAACCUCUCGUAUUCAUACUUUUCUGGCCAAAUCCCACCACAGCUCUCGAAUCUGUUUGACUUGGUUUCUCUCGACCUAUCUAAUAACUAUGAGCUAAACCUCCAAAAGCCUAGUUUCGGAGAUAUUGUUCGACAGUUGACCGAUUUGAAGGAACUUCAUCUCUCAACUGUGAACAUUGAUUCAAGUGUUCCGGAGCUCCUGUCGAAUUUUUCGUCUUUAGAAUCUCUCCUUCUUGAUUCUUGUGGUUUGACAGGUGAAUUUCCUGUUGCUAUCUUCCAACUCCCGAAUCUGAAAAUACUUGAUCUGACUAUCAACCCGUAUCUUAAAAUUGACUUGCCGAAUUUCCAGUUCGGGAAACCACUAAAGUCAUUAAAGCUUUCCGGAACAAAUUCCCUUUCCGAGAGGAAUUCUACUGCACAUAUACCUGUUUCAAUUGGAAACCUUAUCUACUUGGAAGAACUAGAGUUAUCCGACUGUAAUUUCAUCCCCUCCUCCGUUGAAAACCUUGUCCAUUUGAAAAAUCUCGACAUCACAGAUUGCGUCUUCACCGAUCAGAUUCCGCCCUCAUUCAGUAAUUUUACCAAGCUUGUGUAUUUGGACCUCUCCUAUAAUCACUUCAACAUUCACACUUCUUCAUUCGCUUGGAUCGGUAAGCUCCCCAAGCUCACUCAAUUGUUCUUGAACAGAAUCAACAUGAAAGGUGAGAUCCCAUCUUGGCUCAUGAACCUCACUCAACUUUCUCAUCUUAAUAUGUAUGAUAGUCAACUCACUGGUCCAAUCCCAUCAAUCCUUAUGAACCUCACCCAACUUAAGGUCAUAGAUUUAUCAUCCAACCAAUUAUCUGGACAAUUUUCCUUUCAGAUUAGCCAUCUUGCAUUGUUAUCACAGUUGGAUCUUUCAUUUAACAAAUUGGAAGGCCAAAUUCCGACCAAUUUAUCUAACCUCGACAAUCUUGAAAUGCUUGACCUUAGUUCAAAUAAGUUGAGUGGUACAUUGGAGUUUUCUGUAUUCUCCCAGCUAAAAAACUUGCACACUUUGUCUUUAUCAAAUAAUUACAAUUUAUCAUUGAUCACCAAAACUCAGUCAAACGUCAGCUUCCAAAAUAUAAAUCUCUUAGGAUUGGGAUCCUGCAAUUUAUCCGAGUUCCCUAGCUUCUUACAUAACCGAUUAGAUUGGUUGACAUUUCUAGACCUUUCCUCCAACAAUAUUCACGGCCAAAUCCCCUUCUGGGCGGGUCUAAAAUCCUUGGAAAAUUUGAAUCUUUCGCAUAAUCAUUUAACUGGUUUUGAUAAUGAUUCAAAUAUACUUCAAUGGGAUCAACUACGUACUCUAGACCUUCGGUAUAAUAUGCUGCAAGGAUCUCUUCCUAUGCCUCCAACGUCAACUUCUUUCUAUCUAGUUUCUCGCAACAAAAUGUCGGGUGAAAUCUCACCUUCGAUUUGCAAUUUAAAUUCCCUUGUAAUGCUUGAUUUGUCCUUCAACAAUUUUAGCGGCGAGCUUCCCCGGUGUCUAGGAUAUCUGAGUGAUUCCUUAAAACUGUUGGAUCUCAAAAAGAAUAGCUUUCAGGGAAUCAUUCCGUCAAUGUGGAGAAAUGGAUUUAAGAUAAAAAUGAUUAGCAUGAGCCACAAUCAAUUACAAGGUCCACUACCAAGAUCCUUACUGAAUUGUUCAUCGUUGGAGAUGGUUGAUUUUGGCAGAAAUCAAAUUAUUGAUGCUUUUCCUUCUUGGUUAGGCAGUCUUCCCGAUUUGAGAAUUCUGAUUUUAAGGUCUAAUGGUUUUUACGGGACAAUGGAAAAUUUAGUUGCAACUGGAUUCACCAACCUCCGAGUCAUCGACUUGUCCAAUAAUCAUUUCAGCGGAAAGAUUCCGUCAGAAUUCCUUCAGAUUUGGAAUGUCAUGAAAGUCAGAAACACAAGCCACAUGACAUACAUGCAGGAUAAUAUGCGCCCAAAUUCUUCUUUUGUUUAUUCUUAUUUUGGGUUCUAUGAUUACUCAAUGACAUUGUAUAACAAAGGCUUGGAAUUGAAUUAUAUGAAGAUUCCUGAUAUACUGGUGGCCAUUGAUUUCUCCAACAAUAAAUUCCAAGGAGAGAUUCCGGAUAUUAUGAGAAAUCUUAAAGGCCUUCAAUUGCUAAACCUGUCGAGAAACAUUCUUCAAGGUCCCAUACCAUCUUCUCUAGCAGAUUUGACAGCCCUGGAAUGUUUGGAUCUUUCUCAGAACCAGCUCUCAGGACAGAUUCCGACAAAGCUGACAGAAAUCACUGCUCUUUCGUCAUUCGAUGUGUCGUUCAACCAACUUUCAGGGCCUAUACCACAAGGAAAUCAAUUUUGUACUUUUGAAGAGAGUUCAUAUGAAGGAAAUCCAGGGUUGUGGGUGGAAACUUGGACGAAGCAAUGUGGAAAUGCUAGAUCAACGCCGGUGGUAGUUCCUCCGACAUUUAUGGAAGAUGAAGAUUCUGAAUCUGCAGAGGGAGUUAAUUGGUUGGUCGUUUUAAUGGGGUAUGCAAGUGGACUUGUAGUUGGAGUGGUUGCUGGGAACAUGUUCAUCAGAAGAAAACAAGAUUGGUUUUCCAAUAAGUUUGGAAGGAAACAAUGGAGGCGGCCAAUCAGACCGAGGAGAAACUAA